UACCUUUGAUAGAAUUAUACCGGCCUUUCAAUUUAAUUUCAUUUCCGAGUUCGAUUCAAAAAUUAUUUCAAAUUUGUUUCUCUACAAAGUCAACAAAAUUUUGCAAUGGUCGAGGAGUCAGACUUCAAGUUUGAUGAAAAGUUGAGACAACAAAUUCACUACGAUUGGGGCAAGUACUACAAGCGAUUGGGAAAGAAUGCCGACGCGAAAAAACAGUUUCUCGAUUCUUUAUCACUGAACGAAAACGCUCAUGGCCCAAUGGAGCAGCUAAGCAAGUGUCACUUAGAAAGAGGCGAUGUUACGGUAGCAUUGCAUCAAGCCAAUCAGUGCCUAAAAACCUAUCCGAAAAUAACACGAACGAAUACUCUGCGAAACGAAUGCAUUUACGAUGGUAAUGCAUUCGAGGAAUGUUUAGUGGAACAAUACAGAUUGAGUCAUGAUAAAAGGCCGGUAAUUGGAUUAGUGGAUGCAAUAAAAUUGACCGAACUCACACUAGAAGGGUCAAUUGGAAACCAGACGGGUUCCUUUUUGCAUAAUUUUCGGCAAGCGCUUUCUGAGAUAGACAAAAUUGAAGCUCAAGCUGUGGAUACCAGACCAUUGUGGAAGAUCCGUAGAGACAAAGGGGAAUGUGAUGUGCUCAGUGUUUGUUCGGAUAGCAACGAAAGAGUGAAAAAUUUUGCCACUAUCGAGCAUCCAUUAGAUCUGUAUCGCUCUAGGAAGAGGCAAAAGAGAAUUCGUUCAAUGUAUUUUACCACACCGACUAUACAGGCCCACGAUUUCCUCAGAGGAUUAACAAACGAUCCGCGUCUCGACUUUCCUCCGAAUGACGAAAGUACAAAAGUUAUAGGAAAUGCUAUCGAAGAAGAGCUGAAAGUGUUCGAAAGAUUUGAAAAUAUGCUGCAGCAACGUGAACCGAUCUAUGCGAAGAGAAUUCUUCAAAAGAAACGUAACAGCCGAAAAUUCAACGAACACACUUUGCUAAGAUUGCAAGAAACUAUUGAAAAUCUUGCCAAGAAUCAACUGGUGAGAAUCAAAACUAUCAAACUUGCCGAUCUUUCCGGCCUGGUAACAUACGUGGAAGAAAUUAUGACCAAUUUCUAUAUGCUCAAGUCCGAGAAAGUUUUUCCAAAGAAAUCGGAAUUUGUCGAAACAAUUUACGACAUCGUCGGUAACCGAUAUAUUGACACUAUUGACACAAAUUCCAAAUAUCCACCAUGCUUUGAACGCGCAUUCAGUCGUCACCACGACCAUAACUUUGUCGUACCGAAAAGAUUUAACUUGUCUCCUGGCCUCCAGAAACCCGUCGAUCAUUUCUUGAAGCGGCUUCGACAUACCGACAUUCCAAUUGAAAAAUGUCACAUCGUCCAUCAACUAUCAAGAAUUUUCUUCAAUCAAGAAAGGUACGUUGAAUCGAAGGAAAUGGGCGAAGAACUUGUUAAAGUAGCGACAUCGAUAAACAGCUACACCUGGAUGCAGUUGGGACAUUUUCGUGUAAUGGUGGUUAACGAUGCGUUUGCAGAUCGCGAUAGUGUUAAACUGGACGUGGAGGCUAUUCGAAAAUUUAAAUCGAACAUUAAGUUGUCCAUUCGUAACUUUCUGGAUAGAAUUGAUUGAUGGGAAUAUAUACGACGGUUUCAUAAAAAAUAUUCGUUGUUCUAAUUGAAUAUGGAAAGCCAACGGGGCUCUUUCUUGCCUUAAACUGAUAUGUUUUUGCUUGCAUCUAAAAUCCAUGUUCGAAUCCAUCGAAAUGUUCCAAUUCCACUGUAGAUAUUCAAAACUAAAUAUUUGCCUCAAAACAUGGAAUGACUGCAUCAGAUGAUGCUCCCCCUUGUUUGGCUUAAAAGUACAAAUUCAAUGUAAAUGUUAAAACACAAAACCAAUACAAAAUUUAAAUAAAUCAUCUCUAACCAUA